AUGACGUUGGAAUUUAUAACAGAAUCUAACAAUUGGAAGGUGACAGAGGCCCUCUACGAGCGACUGAGGAGGACCCAGCGCCGAGGAAAGAGUCGAGAUAAUGAGCUCAUGGAUCUUCUUAACGACCUCGUCAAAUAUAUUGAAUGGCAAAGAUAUGUGGCUGGUCGUCGGAAUCAUAAAUGGGAUGAGAACCUACAACCGAUGAACCAAGACCGAAAUGGCUACACCGACCACGAAAUGAUGCAAGACUUCAAGAAACUCAAAGCCGACGAUGACCGCUCUCCAGUCGAGCCCGCCCUCAUCGCCGAAGUGAAAUCCGCUCACGAAGAAUGCCAGAUCCGUCAAUUCGAGGUCGAUGAGCUCGAGGUCUACCUGCAACACAAGCUGGGCGAGCUGGAGAAGGCACACGAGCUCUUCCGUGAUCGCAUGUGCGAGAUCAAACGACUCUUUGGUCGCGCCCGUGCGCGUUCCACCGUGCGCACACGACCCGUGACAUUCCCCGCUCACGAGCAGACGACAGAGAGCAGUGAAAGCCCGCCAAAAUCGAACCACCAAGUUUCAAGCGAUUUCAGAGUAGGCUCCUUCGUUUGCGUGAAUGAAGUGGAAGAUAAACCAACGCGCGUGAUGGCUCCGCCCAUCCCUAAAGAUGUACUCGAACUGUCGCAGGAGAAAUUCGGGAAGGAACGUCCUUCAAGAUGGAAGAAGAGAUGGAGUAGGGUCAAGAAAUCUUUCAGGAGACGCAACAACAAUUAAGAAACUCAACGGGGCAAUAGGAAAU